AUGCCCACCCCCCUCGGCCCAUCCCCCCAACCCCAGCGGGCCGGCUACAGGAAAUCCGGCUUCGCCUACACCCCCCUCGGCCUCGACCCAGCCGAAGUCCGUCUCCUCACCCUAGAGCCAAGCGAGGACGACACAGCUCCCGUCGUCUGCAGGGUCGACAUCUUCGAGUUUGACCCUGAUCUAUACGGCCACUUUGACGCUCUGUCGUAUGCCUGGGGCACCAAAGACGACGAGCAGUUCAUCACCGUGAACGAAAACACCCAGUUCAAGAUCCGGAAGAACCUCUGGCUUGCCCUGCGUCGGAUCCGUCACAAGACCGAGCCGAAGAAGUUCUGGAUUGACGCCAUAUGCAUCGACCAGGGGAACCCAGUGGAGAAGAGUGAGCAGGUGGGCAAGAUAGGGGAUAUUUACAAGUACUGCGGGAGGUGUUUCAUCUGGCUAGGCGACUUCCCCAAACCAGCCGACGUGACCGCCACCACCCCUUCAUCCCCCGCCUCCGCCCUCGAGCUCCUCAACCUCUUCGCCGCCCUCUCCCAACCCACCACCCACCUCUCCGACCUCCCCUGCUUCACCCCCCUCACCAAAGGCAAGCGCGCCGACAUCAAAGACUCCUACAAACCCCACUUCGAAUCCUUCGCCGCCCUCCUCGACCUGGAAUGGUGGAAACGCACCUGGACGAUCCAGGAGCUCGCCCUCCCCUCCGACAUCACCCUCCUAUUCGCGGACCAAGAACUCCCUUACCUCACCCUCCAAAACGCAGUCGACGGUCUAACCCGUCACUCGACGGCCAAAUGCUGCAAAACCCACCGUUUAGCCCUGCGAGGUUUGGGGUUCGACACCAUCGUCACGAUCGAAGAACGUAUCUCAUCAAUGGUCACCACCCGCCAGCAAAAGUUGGAAGCCAAAACCCCUAUUACAUUCACACAGCUCCGACGCAAGUUCUGCGGCUCGCAGGUGAGCUGGAAGAGGGACUCGUUUUACGGGUUUUUGGGCAUCGUUACGAAUAAGAAUUUUCUCAGGCCGGAUUACACCUUGUCGUUGAGGCAGGCGCUGACGGAGGCGGUGUUUGCGUGUGUGAAGGGGGAGAGUGACGGGGUGGAGUUGCUCAUGGGGGAGAGGUUGUUCAGGCCGCAGGAUGGUUACAGAAGGCUGCAUGUCCCGAGCUGGGUGGCGGAUGCGAGCUUUUGUACGUUCCCGCCCAAGUGGGCGUUGAUGGAGAGGAGGAGGUUGGCGGUUUAUGCGAGUUUUGUUGAUGAGGGGGGGGAGGAGAGGGCGAGGAAGGUUUUUGUCAAGUAUUUGAAGAUGACGAAGAAUGGGAUACUGCUUACGAAGUCGAGGAGGGUGGGGGUUAUUGGGAGGGUCGGGGAGGUGCUGGUUGAUCAGGGGCGGUGGUUGGACGUGCCGAGGGUGUUGAGCUCGUGGAUGGAGUUGGCGGGGGUAAAGAGGGAGGGGUGGGGGGAGGAUCCGGGGACUAAUGAUGAGAGGACGGAUGCGUUUUGGAGGACGAUGAUUAACGACUCGACCGAGAUUGAUGGGGAUCGUCUAUCGUAUGGGCGUCCGACGACGGCUUCGGAGGGGGAGGAGCAAUCGGAUUAUUCGAGGUUGAGGUCGCUUUGGGAUCUGGUUAAUCCUGCUCCUAAGAGUCCUGGUCCCAAGAGUCCUGCUCCUGCCACGGAGGGCACCACCCCGCAGCCUCAGACAGAAGUUGGCGUCGAUCCCUUCAACAUCCAACCGAUCAUUGACGAAUGGGUUCCCACCUGGGUUCCUGGAUGGAUCUCCGACUUUGCCUCUGACUUUAUUCGCGCCAUGGCCCUGGCCAGCAACCAAGAUGCAGUCCAUGAUUUGGUUGUCUCCCACGACUCGAAGAUGAUCUACCACCUUCUUGCUUGCCUCUGGGAGCGAAGGUUGUUCGUCACGGGAAAUGAUGACAAGAUUGGUCUGGCACCGAGGGAUGCGCAGAAAGGCGACGAGGUGCAUGUUAUUCCAGGGUGCCCGGCGCCGUUCAUUCUUCGGAGACUGGAUGACCCCAAUGUGAAUACGAACUGGCAGUUGGGCGAUUGGGAGAGCGAUGCGCUGCCGCAGUACAUGGUGGUUGGGAAUGGGUUCUACCAUGGGUUUAUGGGUGGUGAUGGUGGACUCGGAAAGGGGGUGGCGGAGGAGAAGAUUGCUCUGCACUAG